AUGUGGCCAGCAAUCACCACCCUUACUAGAAAUUGUACACCAUUGUCAAUGAGUAUAAGUAAUGAAGAGCUUGAUUUAACAAAUAUGUUAACUAUUUUUGAUGAGGAGGAAGAGAAUAUAGUCGAUAUAGAUGAAGAAUUAGAAAUAAUUAUUAUGGCUAAUGGAGGUAAGUUUAAACUUAGUCAACCUCAAAAUACGGAUAACCUAGUAGAAAAAGUAAAGAAGAGUUUAUAUAAAGCAUUAGACCAUUAUUGGAAUGCACCUCUUGAUUGUUCUUUAAUUGCAAUGUUACUUGAUCCACGUUGUAAGUUAAUGAAAAAAUUAGAUAGUUGGGAACAUGAUAAGGCUAUUGAUCUUUUGCGAGAAAAAUAUAAUUUACUUAGUAUUAAAAAUGAAAGUAUUACUAACUUG